AUGCACCCUGGCGACGAUUCGCAAGUGUCGAACCCCUCGUCGCAUUGGUUGCGGAAUUCUUUUGGAUUUGCAGUAGCAGGCACUGCCGCCUAUUUUGGAUAUUCAUAUGUCAAUGGGGACUGGCAGACCUGGGUUGACCGCCAGAAAGAGGUGAAGAAGGAAGUUAUCGAUGUCAACGACCUCCGCGCCGACUUCAUUCAAGAAAAGCGAAGCCUCAAAAGCCCUGCGGUGUAUACAUGGGGCUCGAACGUAUACAAGGUUGUAGAUCCAGGAUCAAAGGGUACCGAUGUCAAAACGCCUCGACGUUUCAAAUACUUUAAUGACCAGGUGCUGCGGGACUUCAAAGUCGAUGAGAAAUCCGGUGCUGCAAUCACAGAGAAUGGUGACCUAGUUCAAUGGGGCAAAGGAUACUCGGAGACUGAGUUCAAGCCGACGAAGACCCUGGUCGGCAAGAAUCUGGCAUCGCUUGUUCUCUCCGAAAGCCGAAUUGUCGCAUUGUCCUCCGAUGGAACUAUUUAUUCUCUGCCUAUCUCCAAGGAGGACCAAAGCACUGGACCGAAGUCUCGCGAAAGUUCCUGGGUGCCUUUCUGGGGUAGCCAAUCCACAUUGAGUUACCGUCUUCUGAAGCCAUCUUUGAAGCUUGGAGAGAAAAUCACUGCGAUUAGAGGAGGCCUGGAGCAUGUUAUUCUUCUCACAAGCUACGGGCGUGUUUUCACGGCUGCUGCGUCCACUGAACACUAUCCAUCGCUUGGUCAGCUUGGUGUACCUGGACUGUCAUUUACCACACGGCCCAGUGGGCCCGUGGAUAUGUGCCACGAAGUCACGGCUCUUAGGGGUUCCAAGAUCAUUGAGGUUGCUUCUGGAGACUACCACUCUCUGGCACUGAGCAAGGAUGGACGACUGUUUGCUUGGGGUGAUAACUCGUUCGGCCAGCUUGGCGUGGACUUCGAGCCAGAAUUUCCAUUCAAAGAUACUCCAUUCGCACUGUCUCUGAACAAGCUUUAUCGCUUGAAUACUUCAUCGCCAAAGGUUACCAGCGUUUCAGCAGGUGGGGCGAACACUUUCUUCACUGUCGACUCGAAACGAAUUCUUGGCCGAGGGGAAGAAGCUGCCAAUGUUCGUGAUCUAGGCAGAGUCACCGCCGACACCUGGACUUGUGGCCGAGGUAUCUGGGGUACACUUGGCGCUGGAAAAUGGAUUCACUUGCAAGACACUCCCAUCAAGGUGAAGGACCUGAGCGGGCUAGGCGAAUACGAUGAGAAGACCAGACAGAUGCUGCCGAUCCGCCUGCGCGCCAUGUCCGUCGGCACUACACAUGUCGCCGCGUUGUUGGAUAACAAGACGAACCUAAGCGCAAAGAAUACAGGCGAGCUUGACAAAACGAAUGACUGGGGUUAUGAGGUGUUCUGGUGGGGAGGCAACGAGCACUUCCAGCUGGGCACUGGAAAGCGAACCAACCUUCCUAAACCGACCUAUAUCAAGGCACCCCCCGAGUCUCGCCAAAAUCUCGAACCCGAGGCAAGGCUACAGAUCAUGCCGCGACACAAGGGUAAAGUUGGCAAGCGCACUGUGAGUAUGGAACAACGGGUUGAAUGUGGACGGCAUGUCUCUGCCAUCUUUUCGGCCGUCUAG